UCCCGCCACAGCGUCAGGCUUCUCUUUCGCCUGGCACGUGACUCUCUUCCGCCAACUCACGCGUCGUUACGCCCCUCAAUGUUGCGCGGUUGCCGUGGUUACCAGAGAAGCCGUUGGAGUCCCCGGCAGCGCGAGGACGCCGAGGGGUUUUGUGUGGCCCUGCUUCAUAAGUGUGCCUGAAUUCUGGAAGGCCAUGGAUCGACAUGUUCCUGUGCAUCCGUUACCAGAAGAAAUCCAAAAGAUGUCCCAGGAUGAGACGGUGUGUAAAUAUUGUGGAGUCAGCUAUCUGAUCCUUCACGAGUUUAAGCUGAUGGAAGACAAAGUAAAAGCAAUGGAAAAGGAGAUGAAGUUUUAUGAAGGAAGCGUAGAGCGGGAAAAAAGACUUCAAGCACAACUACAGUGUCUUAGUCAAGACUUUGAACAGUGCACGGCUGAGAGUGAAUCAAAAACAGAAAGAAUAAAUCACUUAACUGUGCAGUUGAAAGAUAAACAAAAUGAACUACAAAAUCUGAAUGAGGCCUUGAGAUGCUUUCAAGAAGAGAAGGAAGUUGCACAUAAAAAGUUGCAGCUGUUCAGAAAAAGAUUGGAGAACCAUCGGUUAACUCUAAACAAGACUCUUUCAUUACUUCUCUUUAUUAGAAGAGAGCUAGUCAGUAUUAAAGAAGUUGUAUCUAAUAAGCUAGACAACUGGACUGUACUGAAAGAAGAGAUUUUUCUACAAAUAAAAACUAUAAGUAAAGCCGCAUCAACAGAAGUAUCCAGACUGAAUCAAAGGCUGGCAGAAUUCCAGAGGGAUAAAGUGUCCCUCCAGGAGGAUGUGAAACAUUUGAAGUUGGUGUCCGAAACAGUUAAGCUGAAAAGUCAGCAGCUUCAAACUUCACUCCAACAAGAGAAUGAAUUACAAAACAGAUGUCAUGAAUUACAGAAGGAAACAUUAGAUUUAACAAAUCAAGUAGAGACAAUUGGACUCAAGUUUCAGAAAGCAACAGCUGAAAUAGGCCACUACAAAAAACUACUCAUGAUGAAAUCAAAGGAAGUUGACAUCUGUCAAAGUGAACUUCAAAAGCUGGAGUAUGAAAAUGGAAUGUCUAAAUCCAGACUUACUAAAGAUCUAAAAGAAAAAGAAGAGUCUUUGCUAGUUUGCCAACAAGUAUGCAAACGUUUACAGGAAGAAGUGGCAGAGAAAGAAAGGCAAGAAGAAGAUCUAAAAAAAAGAACCAGUUGCUCAGAGAGUGAACUGGAAACAAUUAAAGCUCUUCUUAGACAGAGAGAGGAAGAAGUAGUAAUGCUGAAACAAGAAAGGGAGUUGACGCUGAUUUCUCAUCAGAACAGAACAGAACAGCUGCAGGAAGCAUUAAGACAGAAGAUUCUGAAUGAAGAUAACUGGAGGGAAAAGAUGGAAAUUGGUCUAGCUAAAGACCAAACACGACACACAGAAGAGAUUUUCAGGCUCAAAGAAGACGCUAGAAUGGAACUAAACAUUGAAAGACAAAAGCACCAAGAAUUAAUAGCAAAAUAUCAGAAAGAUCAAGAGGAACUACGGAUGAAGAUACCUGAAUUAAUAUCCAGUGCCAUCAACAGCCUAAGGAUGGAAGUGGGAAUUCUUAAAAACCAGCUUCAGGAAGCCCAGGUCAAACUUACAGAGAAAGAUGGAGAUAAGGAAGAAGAAAUGCGAAGCCUUAAAAGGCUGGUUACUAAGCUUGAAUUUCAGCUGAAGAAGGAACAGAACAACAGUGAUUCAUUAUCAGAGGGCAUGAGGAAAGAAAUUAAAGAGAAGUCAGAUGAACUGGAAAAAUUAACCCAGGAGCAAGCAGAGCUGAUUCAGAAUUUGAGUCAGGCUCAAGAGGAGAACUCUCUUCUCCAGGAAACGGUGCGUAGAGAGUGUGAGGAACGCUAUGAGCUAACUGAAGCUUUGACUCAAGCUAGAGAACAAGUAUUUGAACUGAAGAGGCUCAGUGGAAACUUCCCACUGUCACAAUGUUCACUCAGUCAGGGCAGCCUAAUCUCCUGUGCUGCACUGGUCAGUAAUCAUGGACAGAAGAGCCUUACGAGCCCAAACUCUGGGAAAGGAAUCACACACUCAGGCCUGUGUAGUAUUUCAAGAGCUGCUAAUGCACCAGCCUUCAAUAAACACAAAAGCAGUGGUAAAGUGGGUUUGCCAGCUCUAACUCCACCACACCCUCCCAGGGAAAGAGCGUCUUCUGUGAAUGAAUCCAAGAACAGAAUAACUGCAGUUAUAAGAAGACAACUGAGUCAGCUCUGAUGCAUAAAAAUGUUCAAGGACAGUACAUUGAUAAACCAUGAAAACCAUUUCAGUGCAUUAUGUGGUCACUUAAUUGUGGACCAUAGGGGCAAAAUGGUACCAGAAAGUUAACCUUUCCUGGCAAUUAGCAUAUUUCUAUUUUUUUUUUUUUACAAUUUAAAAUUAACCUAAUAUCUGUUAUGUAGUUAUAUUUUACAAGGCAAUCAUGGUUGCUUAUUUUUUGUUCAACAAUAUAAUGGAGUUAAAAUGCUACAUGUAUUUCAAGGUGAGAAAUAUAAAAAGAAAAACACAGUACCCCUCCAAGAGGUGUUUUCAGCAAAUCUGGCACAACUGUAAUUAAGAUAUUUGAAAAGCUCCAGAAUUAUUUCACCAAACCAUCACCAUGUCCUGGUCUUCAUAUUUCAAAUUGUAUCCAGAUUAACUCCAGUGCCAGUUAGUGCUGUACAAAUGUAGCUCAAGCAUUAAGGGACAGAUUUUGUCCUCCUUUCAUUGAAUAGCAACAUACUUGCAAGUAGUUCCAUUUCAGCCAAUGGGAUUGACUGUUUUUGCAAUAAUUUACUACUCACCAUGAGAGAAGAUGGCAGAAUCAAACCCUAAAUAAUAGACAAGAUAUUGCAGGGAAGCAACGUCCCACCCAUUGCUGUAUAAGUCCUGUACCCACUCCAGUAAAGGAAUCCAGAACCCUUAGGUAAAUUGACAUAGCUCCACUGAGGUCAUUGAAACUAUGCCAAUUUAGGCUAACAGUCUUAUGGGGAAUCUUUUAAAAUUCUUCCUUUACGAGAAAUGACUUACUAUGUAUCAAAAUUAAAACCCAGUGUCCCUAGGGUAUACACUGUUCCAGUUACUUUUUCCAUAACUCAGGACCCCAAGUGAUGUGACAGCUUCAGGAAUGCAUUGUACCCAAAAGCCAGCAGGUUCGGUACUGCCUCAGUCUGAAAGAUGUGGCCUUUUGAUUUUCAUCAAACCAACAUCAUCAUAUUGAGCUACCUCCUUUCAGUUUGAGGUGAUCCUUCUGCUUGUACAUAGGGGCAUACACUCAGUUGUUACACAACAGAAUUAACAUUUUCAUUUUACUACCGUGAACUUGGGGCUGUGCUUUUUUCUGGAACAUGCCACAGGGAUACUCAUUUAAAAUAAAUAAAUAAACCUAGCAGUCUGCAUUAGUUUGAUGUGAUUGGGUUGGUGCUCUAUGGUAGCCUCAGAUUUCACUCCCUGGACCACCAAAUCCUUGGAGUGUUCUGGGACAGUCACUCACACUUACCUUUGUGUGUUCCCAGGAGAGUUCUGUUCAGGCUCAGAUUCAGGUUGGUGGCUGUGACAUGAACUAAAACCUCAUGGGAAGGAGAUUAAACUUGGAAACUUUGGAGAUUCUCAGAACCGUAAUCAGCAACUAGAGGACUGAGAGGUUGCACGAUCCUUUUGAAAGCUUCGGAACUGGACACACUGUUCUCCUCUAGUCACGUUGUUCUUCACAGGACACUUUAAGUGCUAGCCAUGAGACACUUUUGUAAUCACACACUGGAUCUUGACCUCUAAAUUUCCUGGUCCUGAAAAGAUCACAGUGUCCUAAAAUGACUGUAGUAUUCCAUGAGAGACAAGGUGGGUGGGAUGAUAUCUUUUAUUGGACCAACUUCAGUUGGUGGAAGGGAUAAGUUUUUGAGCUUAACAGAGCUCUUCUUCAGGCCUGGAGGAGAAAAGUAGAGCUAGAAUUAGGCCAAUGCUGAGCACUUCUAUAAAUUCCCACCUCUAUUUUCUAGCUCUAUAUGCAAUAUAUAUAUACACACAUACACACACACUGUUUUACUGGAAUUAUUUAGUUACGCUGUGACUCAUAUAUGGACCAGAUCCUUCAGUCUUUUAUGCAGGCAAAACUCCCAUUGACCUCAGGGGGAGUUUUGCCUGCCAAGGAGCAGUAUGAUUAGUUCACAUCUCAAUUAUAAUCAGAAAGGGUCAGAUCUCCAUGGCCAACUGAGUUCUGCUUGGUUCAGGGCCUGAGGAGUGGCAGGAGAAGCCUUUCCGCUUCCCUGAAUGUGCGACUAAACGAGGAGACUCAGGGCUGCUGUAAAAUAUGCCAGCUUACUUUCCCAUAUGGACUACUUCACCAACCAGAGAUCUCCAGAGCGCAGUGAGAGGAAAGGGAAGCGGAGGCUACGUAUACCACCACCUAUGCUAGUUUUAUGCCUCUUGGAGAUCCCCCUACAUCAGGGGAAUCCUUAUCUCCCAUAAUAAGGCAGUUGUCCAUUCCCUUUGUGCUGCUGGAGCAAUGCAAAAGGGACAGAGUCAUAGUCUGGGAUCUGGUCCCCUGGUCUGCUGUAAAGUAGAUGUAGCUUCAUAGACUAUGAACUGCAGAGUCAUAAAAUGUAAAGUAAGAAAUACCAACACAGAAUGAGAACAAUCAUUGGAGUAAAGUAGUUAGCACUGAGAAAACAUAUAAAUCACAGCUCAAGGAGCUGGUCAAGAACAGAGUUCCUGGCUUCCUCUUCUGUCCUUACCUCACAGAAAUCCAGAACUCUCUGCUAAGCAAUGAAACAUGUCAGGAAAUCCUGCUCAGUGAUGCUGAGGUUUUAAAGACAACAUGACAGGAUCGAAAUUAAUUUCACAGAGCAGAACAAUGGGAGUAAAAAAUGUAAUAGCUGAUGCAUUUCUUUUACUUGGCUGAAACUUACCAACGGGGGGGGAGGGGGUAGCACUAAAAAUGUAUUGUAAGGUCCCUGAUUACAUCAGUGAGCCAUGGUGUCGGCUGGAGGUAAUACUUCUAUUAAAAAUGAUGGCGUUUGUGCAGUAGAUUUGUCCGAAGAAUGUGGCUUGUACUAUUAUGUAUUAGACAUAAUGGAAUACUGAAAAAAAUAAGUGUGCUUUGGAAGGGCUGUCUAGUUCCUCAUGCUUCAGGGCAUAAACCAAUCUUUCACGAGUAUGGGUUAGGGAAAAAAACUUUCCUGUGUGUAGAUUAUCCCAUAACUGCCUACUGCAGGGUUUUGUGUGUCUGCCUCUGAAGCAGCUGGUACUGGCUGCUGUCAAUGACAGCAUAAUGUACCUUAGAGCAGAGGUCCAACGUCACCCACCACCCCAGCAGCAGCCUCAUGAGUCAGGGAGCACAAAGUUGGCAUACAGCUUCUCCCUCCCCCAGGUCCUAUACCAAGCACAGUUCAGCUGGACCUGAUGAUCAGGGUCAGUAAAUGACUGCUUUGCAUGUAAUUUUUAAAUACGUGUAGAUCUUGGUAUGAAUUAGGAAAUGCUUCAUUUGUCCUUCUAGGCCAUGUUUUUGAUUUUUGGCCAAGCCAAGUGAGGUCUUACAGACAGAAAUGCUGUCAUGUUAAGUGUAACAUGAUGCCUUUGAACACUGCAUCCCGUACAUUUCAGCCAUUUGGGGAAUGAGCUAGACCUCAACAGACAGAACACUGUUGAUUUUGGUUAAACUCAGAAGAGGGAAUGGGGGACACGUGGAGCCCCUGACAGAGCCAUCAGCUUCAACUACCUCUGUAAUUGUCUGUAGCUCAGUGAACCAGUUGAUAAAAAUGGUAGGGGAAAAGGAUUAUGUGCAGCUG